AGCAAGAGUAUUGGCACUUUUGGAUGUGGUGGCCUCGCAGCACUAGACCGCAGAGCAGAGAGAACAGUGUUUACGUCGCUGCUCCGUGCGCGACACACCAGCCCUCACGAUAUCCGAGAAAAGUACCGUGAAUAUUUUUUUCCAGGAAACAUUUAAAGAUUUAUCACCACAGGAGACGAAACCAAAACCUCCGAAACUAGCAAAACUAUUUUUUUUUUGUGAUGGACUAGUUAUAGUACUCGUAAUAACAGCUAAAUAACACGGAAACUGUGCUAGUAACGGGGAUAUUUGUUACGGUGUGUUUAAAGGACACUUGGUGCACGUCAACAAAGCAUAAACCAGCACCAACGGCUACAUCAGCGGUACAUAAUAAACCAACAUCCGUUAUUACGAGUGCUGCAGCCUCUCCUAGCGUUGUGACGAUGGGGAAAUCCGACAGGAACUGCUUGGCGGCGGUGAGCGACGCCGUGGCUGGCUCCCUCGAGAAAUUCUUCUACAGGUACGGCAAGAGUGUGGCAACUCAUCCAAAGAAGUACAUAGCAGCAUGUUUCCUCAUCACUGCCUUCUGCUGCCUCGGUUUCUUUAACUUCUAUGCUGAGAACCGCCCAGAGAAACUCUGGAUUCCUCAGGACUCAGACUAUGUCAACACCCUCAACUGGCAGGCAGUGAACUUCCCCAACAACCAACGAGUUGAACUCACCCUCUAUGAGGCUGACAAUGUCCUCACAGCUCGAUACAUCCAGGAGAUGUACCGACAGCAAAAGGCUGUACAUGACAUCACUGUAACGGACAAGUACAACAGGAGCCUCACGCAAGACAAUCUCUGUUUCAGGGUGCCGGCUCUGGGUGGGGAAAUGCAUCAGGAAUUAAGAAAUGUUAAGGCACAGCUCUUUCCUGACCGUGAUCUUGACAGUGAGUUGGACUGGUCUAUAGCAUUCGACAAAGGCAUCUAUUACCAGUUCUAUGAGAAGAUGCCCACGGCAUGUCUGGAGCUGAGCAUCCUGGAUAUCUGGGGAAAAAAUCAGACGAUCAUCUAUAGUCUGACCGAUGAAGAUGUCAUAAAUGGCAUCAACACAGCAAACAUAAGUGCCAUGUAUUCCUAUCCAAUCAACUUCAAGAAAUUUCUCGGAGAUAUAAAGAAGAACACAACAGGUCAUGUCGUUGGUGCUAGAAGCUCUUUGGCCCAGAUAGUUAUGGAGAUCAACAGGACAGAGAUAGACUUGGUUAAGCUGGCCAAUGACGCAGGACUGGCUGAAGAGGUGGACAUGGCACUCUACGACUGGGAGGGAGAGUUCAUCCGGGUUCUCCGAAACGACUCGGGAAGACCAGAGGGUCUCGGGGUGUUCCUCCAAGCUCAGCGCAGCUUCGGGGAGAUCAGCGGUGAGACCAUCCUGGGGGACGUGGCCUUCCUGGUGGUUGGUAUGAUCCUCCUCUUCGUGUACGUGCAGCUCAUGCUCGGCAAGUUCAAUAUGGUGGAGAACCGGCCAGUGUUGUCCGUACUAGGCUUGAUGUCGAUCUUCAUGGCGGUGGGCAUCUCAUUCGGGUUGUGCUCAGCUUUUGGGAUCCCCUACGGACCUGUCCACUCUAUCCUGCCACUGCUCAUGCUGGGUCUUGGUGUUGAUGACAUGUUUGUUAUUGUCCAGUGCUGGCACAACCUCAACCAGGAAGAGCGGCGGCUGGACCUGCACAAGAGGAUGGGAUGUGCCCUCCGCCAUGCUGGAGUUGCCAUUACUGUCACCUCUCUCACAGACUUUGCUGCCUUUGCUAUUGGCUCCAGCACUGUGCUGCCAGCACUGAGGUCCUUCUGUAUCUACUCAGCUCUGGGCAUAGUGGCUCUCUUCAUGCUUCAGGCCACGUUCUUUGUUGCCUGGUUCACCCUGGACCAAACCAGACUGGAAGAUAAUCGCAAUGGACUCCUCUGGUGCUACAAACAUAAGAACUGGACACCCAACAAGUGUUCACAGUACGACCUGUGCCAGAUGUUCUUCGAUAAAAUCUACCCCAAGUAUCUCCUAAUGACACCUGUCAAGAUGGUGGUUCUCCUAAUGACAGUGGGUGUGUUUGCUACCAGCAUCUGGGGCGUGACCAAUCUGCGCCAGGAAUUCAACCCUGUCUGGUUCAUUCCACAGUCAUCCUAUUUGUUCCAGUUCCUCUACCGAGCACAGGAGUACUACCCUGAUGCUGGAGAAAGGGGUACAGUUUACCUGGGAGCUCUCAACUAUUCCCAGGAGCUUCCCAAGAUUGGUGAGCUUGUUACAGCCAUGAGGGAGAACAAGUACAUCAGUGGUGUAGACUCCUGGUAUGAACUAAUGAUUGACUACACUAAAAGUGACACGGGUGAAGACAUCAAUGGAAAGUCUAUGAAUGAGACUUUCUUUAGUGCAGCCUUAUCAGCUUUCCUCUACUCACCUGUGGGGUCGCGCUUCCAGACCUACUUCAACUUUGAUGGAAACCUGACCAUAGCACAACCUGCCCCACCUGUCACCGCAAGUAAGUUUGACUAUCGCCACACGUCUUUGGAUGGUCCCGGUGUACAGAUUCCUGCGAUGGACCAAGUGAAGGAGUUGGUCAAAGCUGCAAAUUUUUCAGACUUUGCUGCCCCAAUUGCCGUGAUGUACAGCAGCUAUGAAACAGACAAAAUUAUUACAGUGGAACUCUUACGGAACUUAAGCUUGGCGAUGGUGGCUGUGUUCCUCAUGACACUGGUGUUGCUGGCCAAUAUUAUGAGCUCCAUUUAUGUGCUAAUAUGUGUUGUACUCACCCUGGUGGAUGUGAUGGCUCUGAUGACAUGGUGGGACCUAACUAUUGACAUUGUCACCUGCAUCAACCUGGUCCUUUGUAUUGGUCUCUGUGUUGAUUACUCAGCGCACAUUGCUUUGCAUUUUCAGCAGGUUAAAGGAACAAGAGAUGAACGCGUCCGUCUGACCAUCCGAGACAUGGGUCCUCCAGUGAUCAAUGGUUCUUUUUCAACCUUCCUGUCUUUUAUCCUUCUGGCUUACUCUGACUCUCAUGUCUUUGAAUCUUUCUUCAAGAUAUUCUUUGGAGCGUUUGUGUUCGGGGUGUUCCACGGCUUGAUGUUUCUACCAGUUUUACUCAGUCUGGUUGGUCCAGCACCUUAUGACACAGACCUCCACGCUAUCCCGGAGAAUGAGGACAAUGGAGGCUUCUCAAACAGCUCUACAGUGCAUUCCAAGAACAUUGAAAUUGACGGCAGGAUGUAUUCCCAGGUGCCUCAGACUCUGUCUGUAUCUUAUGAAUGAUUAACCUGGGCUGGUCUGAACCAAUUCUUUUUUUAACGAGUAACUCGUAAAUAUUCAGCCGCUUACACCUCCAGUGACACUGUAUCACUGAUUCAGUUGAGUUUAGAUUCUCAAUGGUGAUUAUCAAUUGUACAAAGCCUUAACUAAACUAAGAAACUUGCAGGAUUUUUUUCCAACUACACUACAGUACAGUACUGUGUACCUUAUUACGAUACAGGGAGUUCUGCUAUAACGCGUGUUUUG